CAAGAGCAAGGGUUUGUUUUGACAGGUUAGAAUGUAUAAGGUUAGGGACGUGUUAUAGUAGGAGGCUCGAAAUCGGAGCAAAUAAUACCAUGCAGAACCGCAGUCAGACGAAAGUUGUUUUUAUGGAUGUUAGCAAAACACAAAAGUCCAGCCCGCGCAUCGCAGUUAUUACUUUUCAGUCAAUUAAUUUUCCUGUUCCACCUCACGAGUUGAAACCAGUAAGGAUUUCCCUGUUCCUUCCAUUGUAUAUCUCACUUUACCUCAUAUUUCAUAUAAGACAGGGAAGCAAGCGUUCUCACCUUUCCUUUGCAUUAUAGCAAGAAAAGUCCGUCUGUGUUCUACGUAGCAUAUUAGUGUUCGUUUAAAUCUAGCCUACAAUCACACUAAGUGAACCAGCUGCUUUCAUUGACAUCUCCUUCGUUGUAUCAGUAUGAAUCAAGCGUUUGUUCCAAGUAGGCAGGUUCGACAGAUAUGAUAAUCUGGUAAUAAGUUGUCAUUAAAACUGUCAUCGAUACAAGUCAUUGUUGCUGUGGGAUAUACUAAACACAUUAGUACAAAAAUUGGCAUAAUUUAAAAUUUUAACUUCAUGCAUUGGACGGAAUAUGGAUACUAAAAAUGUAUAAUCUACUUAGGCCACUGAUGUAUGGUUCGGAUAUGCAAAGAAUUUGUAAAACAGAUUCUCUUUGGCAGUAUUGCAGCGAUAUAAUGUUGGCAUUUUGAAAUCUUCGUUGGAUGUUUAUUAUCAAAAUCGAUAGUGAGGUCAUCAAAUUGUGUUUGGGUGCAUAAAAAUCCUGUUGCAAUGUGAAAGUUUGCCUUACUAUACAUAACAAGCCAUACCGAGUUAACAAAAUUGCCCAAUAGAAGUUUCAUUUAUCGAAACUAGUAAUUUCUCAUGGAGAAGAGCGAGGCAGAACAUGUCCCCGCAGAAUCAGCCUUAGAUAUUCCUCCUGCUGAAGUGCUGAAAGACGAUGCUCCAGAGUCUGAAAACGAUGCUACAGUUGCGGAUAAGAAACUGGCUAGUCUUAGACUCUUAUUGGAAAAAGAUUUAUUAGCAGCGGACGUGAAAUGGAGUUUAUUUGUGGCUGCUUGUCAGCAUUACAGGCAUGACACUUGUCUCAAACCUUUCCCUCCGAAGUUCCUUAAAGAAGACAGUAAAGACAUUGAUUCAUUGAGAGAUGUUGUUGAUCGUACGCCAUCACUGAAAUUGCUGUCUCAGAUCCUAAAAGAUCCUGACGUUCACCAGUUAGAUCCAAAUAUUGUUGAUCUUCUCCACUGGGUUCUCAAAGGGACACAACAACUUAAACGUAUACCAAAAAAACAGUUUUCUUCAGUAUUAUCACUGGUGAAGUGUGAUAUACCAUAUGAACCACCUGCUCAUAUUUUCUCUGUCACCUUGAGUGAAGCAGCAAGAGAAGCUUGGUCUGACCUGUCAGCAGGGAGGAAAACAUUGUUUGCCUUUCAUGGCAGCCGACUUGAGAAUUUCUACUCCAUUGUUCAGUAUGGCUUGCAACAGUUAUUAAAUAAGAACUCACUGUUUGGUUCUGGAAUUUAUCUGUCUACUGAAAUGUCAAUGAGCCUUCCAUACAGUCCAACUGGCUACGGGUGGGGAAAGAGUAUACUAGGGCCAUCUCUGAGUAUUGUAGCUCUUUGUGAAGCUAUUGACCAUCCUGAUGUACAUUUUCCACGGCCAGUCAAUAAAUCAGCAGCAACAGCAGCACCUUCUCGCAAAAAACAAAAGGCACCACCCGAUAGCAUUGGUGGAGAAGUGCCUGAAAAAUAUAUAUUGGUGACAAACAGUGACCUCGUCAGAGUGCGUUACUUACUGGUGUACAAUAAACCACAAGCGUCACCAGAAAGGGUUGGCUGGACUGGCAUAACAUCAUGGGUACAGAAUCAUAAGUUACUCACAUUUAUUAUGGGCUACUGCAUCCUCCUCGUAUCUGUUGGUCUCUCCAACAAUCAGGUUCUUCAGAGGCACCUGAGACUACUAUUUCGUCGACCCAACUGGAAUUGGAGUUGAAUAUUUGUGAUAUACAUAAAAAGUUGUAUUUUAUUAUGAUUAAAGGUGUAAUAUAAUAAGUGAAGUGCAAUUUGUGUGUAUACUUCAAGUGAGGCUUUGUGAUUGUUACAUGUUGUGACACUGAAAUAUCUAGAGUGUCGGAGUGCAGGCAUUCUUCAGAUUCUGUUUUUUAUAAAUUCAUGUAUAUAUUGUGAAGUGAUGAGUACAAACUUUUCAUACUGGAAA